AAAAAAAAAAUGGGUCAAAAACCGGAAAGGGAAAAGAAGAGGCAGCCUUAUCUGCUCGAGUUGUACUUAUUGCAAAACCUAACCCGCAGUAUCGAAGAAGAAGAAGAAAGGAUUUGAGUUUAAAAGCAAAUGCCUGCGCUAUGCGUAUCACCAUCAUCAUCUCUUACGGUGUCUACUACUGGUAAAUCGAUUAGUAGUAUAGCCAAUUUCAAUUGCUCCAAAUGUAUUCCCAAACACCACUUCUCCUUUUCCUCCUCGCGUCUCCGUCGCAAACCCGUGACGAUAAGAUGUGCUGUUUCUAUUGAGAAAGAAACUCCGGAGGCAGAAUGUCCCGUCACAUUUCUGAAGGAAUCUGAAGGCGGAGAGGUUAGAGCCCGGUUCGAGAAGAUGAUCAGAGAUGUCCAGGAUAGCGUUUGCCAGGCCAUUGAGGCGGUGGAUGAAGGCAGCAAGUUCAAGGAGGACGUGUGGUCCAGACCUGGUGGUGGAGGAGGCAUUAGCAGAGUGUUGCAAGACAGCGCCGUUUGGGAGAAGGCUGGGGUCAACGUCUCCGUUGUAUACGGGGUGAUGCCUCCUGAAGCUUAUAGGGCUGCCAAGGGUGCUUCUUCUGAUCACAAGCCUGUCUCUGUUCCCUUUUUCGCUGCUGGCGUCAGCUCUGUCUUGCAUCCUAAGAACCCUUUCGCACCAACAUUGCAUUUUAAUUAUCGUUAUUUUGAAACCGAUGCUCCCAAAGAUGCUCCUGGAGCACCUAGGCAAUGGUGGUUCGGGGGUGGGACUGAUUUGACUCCUGCUUACAUUUUUGAGGAGGAUGUCAGGCAUUUCCAUUCAACACAAAAACAAGCCUGUGACAAAUUUGAUCCUGCUUUUUAUCCUCGCUUCAAGAAGUGGUGCGAUGACUAUUUCUAUAUUAAGCAUCGAGGUGAGAGACGAGGACUAGGGGGAAUAUUUUUUGAUGAUCUAAAUGAAUACGAUCAAGAGAUGCUUCUUGCCUUUGCUACUGAGUGUGCAAAUUCUGUGGUCCCUGCAUAUAUUCCCAUUAUGGAAAAAAGAAAAGAUACGCCUUUCACAGAAAAUCACAAAGCUUGGCAACAGUUGCGAAGGGGACGCUAUGUAGAAUUUAAUUUGGUUUAUGAUCGGGGUACAACAUUUGGGUUGAAGACAGGAGGUCGAAUUGAAAGUAUUCUUGUUUCUCUUCCACUUACUGCUCGGUGGGAAUAUGACCAUAAACCUGAUGAGGGAAGUGAAGAGUGGAAGUUAUUAGAUGCUUGCAUCAAUCCUAAAGAAUGGAUCUAAUUUACUUGCACUUUUUCUUGUUCUUUUUUUUCUUGUAUCAUCUUUGUCUCUAGUAUGUCACUUCUUUUUGUAGCUGAAGAAGCUUAGUAUUUGAGUCAGCUGGAAUCUUCUAAUAUAAAAAAGGGCUAUAGAAGCUUUGGUUGGAAACAAACUGUUUAUGUAAACCUCGUCUGAUGUUAUUGGUCAAUUACUUCUCUAUUAAUUAGCUAAUUUUUACUUUGUAAUUGAAAAAUUAUCAAAGAGUACAAA